AGUUUUAAUGAAAACAAGAUCAUAUGAUUGUGGUGCCCAAAGGUACCUUCCUCCAAACUGCUGGAACAAAGAUAAGGGCCACAGCCUAGUUAACACAAGGAGAAGGCGAUUACAAUUGAAGUUUAAACAUGGCUGCAAGGCAGAAUUUUCAGUGCCUGGAGGACCAUCUCCUGUGUCCCAUUUGUCUGGAGAUCUUCAAGCAGCCCUUAAUGCUGCAAUGUGGUCACAGCUACUGUAAGAACUGCAUCCACUCCCUUUCUGGAAAUCUGGCCAGUUGUUUCACUUGCCCUGUAUGUCGAAAGGCAGUGGACAGCAGAAGCUCUUCUCCCAAUGUCUCUCUGGCUCGUGUCAUCGACACCCUGAUGGUAAUAAAUGGGUCCAGUGGUGACCAGGAAAACUGCAGGGAUCAUCACAACCCGCUGAGCCUGUACUGUGAGAAGGACCAGCAAAUAAUAUGUGGGCUCUGUGGAAUCAUCGGACAACACAAGCAACAUAAAAUAACACCACUCUCGAGUGUGUAUGAGAGAAUGAAGGAACAACUGGCUUUGCUCAUAACAGGAGUUCAGACACAAAAGAACAGCGUGGAGGGGCAAAUGAACAAGCUGAUACACAACAAGACCCGUAUCAUUAAUGAAUCUGACGUCUUUAAGUUGGUGAUUCAGAAGGAAUUCCAGGAACUCAGGAGUUUUGUUGAUGAUGAAGAGGCCAACAUCAUUGAGACCGUACAGUUAAAAUGUACUUCUGCCGUUGAAUCAAUUGAUGAACAAUUGGCAGAGAUGUCCAAAUCUUUAAAACAGUUUGCUGAAGUUGAGGCUUCAUUGAAGAAAUUGAGCAAUGAAAAUCACUUAGAUUUCAUCCAAAAGUACAGUUCAAUUGUCUCAAGUUGCGAACUGGCGACACAGCCACAGUCGGACAAAGCCUUCAGCACCAUCUCCUUCAAACCUGGCUUUAGAGAUGAUGAUAUCAAACUGACAGUCUGGAAAAAACUGCAAAAGAGAAUUUUACCAGAACCAGAGGAAUUAAAAUUGGAUCCCAGCACCGCACAUCCACUUCUGAUCAUAACCAACGGUAGCACCAGGGUAGAAUGUGGAACGUACCUCAAGCGCUUGUCAUUAGUACAGGAGCGAUUUGACUACAAUACCUGCAUCCUCGCCAACAAAGGCUUUUCCUCAGGCAAGCACUACUGGCAAGUGAUUGUCAACGAGAAGAUGAAGUGGCGUCUCGGUGUCAUCAAAGGAACUACAGGGCGCAAAGGAAAACUGAACAAGACUCCUGAGAAUGGAGUCUGGAUGAUUGGAGUGAAGGAAGGAAAGAUUUAUGAGGCAUACAAGAACCCCAAAGUCCAACUUACACUCUUUGUGAGGCCACGGAAAAUUGGCAUCUUCCUGGAUUAUGAGGGAAAGCGUCUCUCCUUCUACAAUGUAGAUAAUCCUGAUGAGCUGAGUUUGAUCUACACAUUUGAUGCAGACUUUCAAGGGAAGAUUUAUCCAAUUUUUGACCUUUGCUGCGUGGACAGAAGUGACUUAGCCCCUAUCACGCUUUGUCGUGUAUAAACAACUCCAACCAUACAGCAAGGCGCAUCAUGGGUAGCAUGUAACUUUAUGAUAAAAAUUAUUUUUAAUCAACUUGUUCAGACAUGUUGUGACGGACCUCUAGGACAGGUAGGACCUGAACUCAAACUUUCCAGCCCAGAGGUUGUGAUCGUGGAUUCUCUGAACUUUCUUUAUGAUAUCAUGAAAGCUGCUUUCAUGUCAUACUUAAUGCCACCUGAUGUUGUAACAUGUCUUGCCGAAUGAAAGGCAGUGUUUAAUUCCUGAGAUCCUUCUUUUCAACCUACUGGCAGAUCUCCUGGCUGGUCCAAAACACAGUUGCUAUGUUUAGAUGUAAAUUGAUCUUUAUUUUAUUGGGCCUGUGCCUUUAAGACUACUGAUCUGUGUGGGGUGAUUGUAAUAAGGUGUCCAAAAGCUCAGCGAAUGCUGGUGUCAAGAACAAUAAUUAACUGCUGAUAAAUUUCUGCCUUGAGGUGAAAAGAACUAUAAAGGGUUUGGUUUUCUAUAUUUUUUAAGAUUGUUACAAAUUGAAACAAAGUAUUGUUUGUAUCACUAAGACUAUUUUCUAUGUUUCUAAUUAUAUCUGGAUGUAACGUCUGUUUGAUGACAUCUGAAAUGUGACAGAUAUGGCUUGGUUGCAAGGUAUUUAUUGUAUGACACAUACAAAAUCCUAUAAACAAAACAUAAAGUCUUAUUGCACAUAAGGAGCACAUUUAGCCCAUUUAACCUGUGCUGAUUCCUUGAAAGAGCUGUCCAAUUUGUCACAAUUUCUUGCUUUCUUCCCAUAACCCUAAACAUUUCUGCCCUAUAAGUAUAUAUGCAAUUUGCAGAGGGCUCCUGUGGUGCAGUGUUAGUGUCCCUACCUCUGGAUCAGGAGAUAUGGGUUCAAGUCCAUUUUGCUCCAGAGGUAUGUAAUAACAACUGUGAACAGGUUGAUUCGAAAUAUCUAUAUCCAAAUUACAUUUGAAAAUUAUUAUUAAAUAUGUUCCACUACCCUUUCAAGAGUACAUUCCAGAUUAGUGUCGUAGGCAAAUAUAUUAAUUUGCAUGCAGGCUUACACUAUUGCUAAACAAUGUCCUUCCAAUCUGCUGUAUAAAGCACAUAGAACUUGUAUUAAAAAUUGCAACGAUUUAGAAGGGCACCAAAGAUUCUUAAACUGCUGCUCCAAUGCAUUAUAAAGGCAAGUAACGAAAAGUGAAUUAAUAAAAUGAAUGACAGCAAAUACAAUUGAA